AUGAAGAGCGGUAGAGCUUUUCCAGAGAGAGUUGGUUUGGUAACUAAAGGACCAGCAUUCGAGAAAAUCAGUCGUAAAUCAAGCAGCGUUUUUGAAGAAGAUAAAUCGGAGAGUCUAGUGUACGAGAAUACGUACAGGAUGGCGCCUGAUGAAAGCAAAAGGUUCUUACCAGCUCGCGUCAAAGCCAUUUCAAGCACUGUCCUCCAGGAAAUGUUAUUCAACGUGGAUUACGACCCAAAGGCAUGCCGGGAGCUUUCACUGAAAAUAAGUGACGUCAUCGUUCGUCAGGUGACUUCUCUGGGAUUCGAUCGAUACAAGAUCGUGUGUUUGACGACAAUUGGUCAAAAGACGGAUCAAACUGUUCGUAUUGCAAGCCAGUGCUGUUGGGAUCCCAAGGUUGACAACUUUGCUGAAUCAAUAUUUAUGAACAAAAGUUUGUUUGCAGUGACGGUAGUCUAUGGAUCGUACCAAGAAUGA